AUGUUUUCCAAAUGCCCUUCUUUGUCUAAAAUCUACAUCAAUCCAGAAAUAUCAGGUAUAGAAAAGUCAACAUUUGAUGGAAUUUCUCAAAAUUUUGAAAUUAUAUAUUGCAGCAACAGAAUUUUCACUGAUACAACUGUUAAUCAAAACAGUUACUUAUCAGUUAAAGUUCCAACAGGUUACGAAAAAGAUAAUUUCUGUGGUUUAUCAAUAACAAAAGUUGAUGGUCAAUGCACUCAACAUCCAUUUGAAUAUCCACCAAGAAAAGACCCUCCAGAACCUGUUGUUAGACCAGACGACGGAUAUGUCCCUGACAUAGAUCCAGACGAACCAAAUUCACCUUUACCAACACCAACACCAAAUCCAAACCCUGGAACAGAAACAGAUCCAGAUACAAAACCAGGAACAGAAACAGAUCCAGAUACAAAACCAGGAACAGAAACAGAUCCAAAACCAAAUCCAGAUACAAAACCUGGAACAGAUACUGAGCCAGAAGUUAGUUCAGAAAAUAAGCCUACAUUACCACAAACUCCGACUGCUUCAAAGAAUUCAGGUGAAAAUGAGUUUAACGAUGAAUUGCAGAAGAAGAAAGAGGCAGAGAAACAGAAGAAGAUGAUUGUAAUCAUUAGUUCUGCUGUAUCUGCAGCUGUUGUUGUUGCUGCAGUUACAAUUGUAGUUGUUUACUUUAUGAAAAGGAGUUCUCCUCAAAUAAUGGAUUACGAAAUGUCUGAUGAACUUAAUCAUAAUUAA